AUGAAGUUCUCCAGUCACUCCAACCAGGUCUCCCAUCGCUCUGGACUGGUCACAUCGAACUCGGGAAUUGUUCCUGGUGUAGCGGCCAUUGUCAGCGCUGGUGGUGCAGAACGACUGGGACCUCUGGGCUAUCUUCAGAAACUUAAAAUCAAGAGGCUGCUGCUGGACCUGUUUAUUUUGUACGCUUCCGUCCCCUUCAUCGUUCGACUCUUUCCUUCGCUGCUCCAGAAGUUUGUUUAUCUCAGCUUUUUGUCUUACCCUUUCGGUGCGGACUUCAAGAAGCCCGAAGUGUACCUCAAUCACACAGUCAACUUUUAUCUCACUCCCGAGCCAGGAGUCACAUACGGCGUUUGGCACGCCCUGCCCAACAGCAGGUGGAAGGAAGCAGAAGGGAAGGACCACAACUGGCAUGAAGAAGCCCUUGCCGACGACCAUCCCGUCAUCCUUUAUCUCCACGGCAACGGGGGGAACAGGGCAACGUGCCACAGAGUGCGUUUCGCAAAGGCGAUGAGCGAUGCUGACUUUCACGUCCUGGCUAUUGACUACAGAGGCUAUGGAGACUCCAGCGGGGAGCCCAGCGAGACGGGGUUCACGACGGAUGUGCUGUUUCUCUACCACUGGGUGAAGGCUCGGAGUGGGAACAGCACUGUGAUCUUCUGGGGGCACUCCCUCGGCACCGGGAUUAAUACAAAUGUUGCCAGGGUGCUGAAAGAGAAAGAAGGGAUCAUCGUGGAUGCAAUCGUCCUAGAGGCGGCUUUCACCAACAUCCGCGAUGCGGCGGCCACGAUCCCCCUGACAACUAUCUACCGCAAGUUUCCUGGCUUCGACUAUUUGAUCUUGGACACGAUGGAACGCGCCGGCAUGUACUUCAGGAGUGACGAAAAUGUCCAAGUGCUGUCCAGCCCAAUCUUAAUUUUGCAUUCAGAGGACGAUAACAUGAUACCCAUCAGCCACGGCAGAAAGCUUUAUGAGAUCGCCCGGAAUGCCUCCCCGAAGAAAGACACCAUCCAGUUCAUUUCCUUCCCUGCCAGCAAGGGCUACAGCCACGAUCAUCUUUCCUCCAAUCCUGAGCUCCCAGACAUACUGAAGAAUUUUCUCCACAGCGUCAAGUGACCGGCGUUCCUCCACCCACGUCCGGCCCAGCC